AUGUGGGGUCUCAGCUGCAGCAGGUGUGGUUGUAGCAACAGCAUCAACGUGAAAGCAUGGUUGUUUAAGGGGUUCAAGCUGAAAUGGCAUGGCGGUAGUAACAGCAUCAAUGUGCAUGCAGUAACACUCGAGGGCAGGAGGGGAGGAGGGGAGGAGGCAGAAAGGGAGGGAGGGACGAAGGGAAGAAAAGGAGGAGGAAAGAAGGGAAGGACGGAAGGGGGAAGCAGUGAAGGAUACAAGGGAGGGUGCUGUGUGGGAGAGGAUCGUCACCACAUGGCUCGGAGCAUGGCUCGCCUUGUCAGUACGCAACAUGCUUGCCAAGGGAUGGUGCUUUCUCGUAGAGGAGGUGCUGUGCGAGUGAGGCUCCUCACCCCUUGCCUCGGAGCAUGGCAGCACAGUGGCGGCACGGGGGUGGGAGGAGCAAGGCAGCACAACGGGUUGGAGUGGAAGAGGUUCAAGCCAAAGUGGAAGACCCCCUUCUCCUCCAUCGCUCCUCUGGCUUGCCUCUCUCUCCUGUUUUUCUUCUGCUGUCUCUCUGCUGCUGUACUAAAUGCAGUGUCUCUCUGCAACCUGCUUCUCUGCACCCUGCUUCUCUGCAUCCUGCUUCUCUGCACCCGGACUGAAGCAGCGAUGGCAGCUGAAGCAGCAACGGCAGUGCAAGAGAGAGAAUUAUCUCAGCUGGGGCAAGUGAGUUCAAACCCUUCCCGAUCGCUUGAGCUGAAGCAACAACGGGCAGUGCAAGAGAGGGCAUGUGUGUUUCAGAUGGAGCAGAUGAGAUCCAUACGUUCCCUGUCGCUUCCCCUUGACACUUACCCCUCCUUCAACUUCCAUUCUGUCCUCCGUGGUCGCAAAGGGGAGUGUGUGGGGUUUCUACUGCAUUUCGACAUCCGUUCUUAA